CUUUGGCUGUUCCUGACAAAUCGACCCCUUUAUUUACUCUUCUCUUCUUUUUUCUUCUUUGCUUUUCACACAUUUCUCAGCUACGAUUACUCUUGCUGCCAAAUUCGAAAAUUUAAGUUUUAGCCAUAAUAAGAAGUUGAGAAGGCAACUGUUAUUAUGGGUGUAGAUUAUUACAAGAUAUUGCAGGUUGACAAGAAUGCUACUGGUGACGAUUUGAAGAAAGCUUAUAGAAAGCUUGCCAUGAAAUGGCAUCCCGAUAAGAACCCAAAUAACAAAAAAGAAGCCGAAGCUAAAUUCAAGCAGAUCUCUGAAGCCUAUGAGGUUUUAAGCGAUUCUCAGAAGAGAGCAGUGUAUGACCAAUAUGGGGAAGAAGGUCUAAAAGGGCAAAUGUCACCGCCGGGAGAAGGCGGCCCUGGUGGCGGGGCCACCUUCUUCCAUACUGGGGAUGGUCCAACAACGUUCAGAUUCAAUCCCAGAAAUGCCAAUGACAUUUUUGCAGAGUUUUUCGGGUUUUCAAGUCCAUUUGGAGGAUUGGGAGGUGCUGCUGGCGGCCCUGGAAUGAGGAGUAAUUCAAGGGGUUUUGGUGGAAUGUUUGGGGAUGAUAUGUUCAGUUCUUUCAGUGAGGGUCGGCCUACCAUGAAUCAGACUCUUCGAAAGGCUCCCCCAAUUGAAAAUAAACUGCCUUGUAGCCUGGAGGAGCUCUAUAAGGGAACUACAAAGAAGAUGAAAAUAUCUAGAGAAAUUGCUGAUGCAAGCGGUAAGACCUUGCCAGUGGAUGAGAUUCUAACCAUUGAUAUAAAGCCUGGCUGGAAAAAGGGAACCAAAAUUACCUUCCCUGAGAAAGGAAACGAGCAACCGAAUGUUAUUCCGGCCGAUCUUGUAUUCGUAAUAGAUGAGAAGCCCCACAGCACAUUUACCCGGGAAGGCAAUGAUCUGGUUUACACACAGAAGAUUUCUCUUGCAGAAGCACUUACCGGCUACACAGUUAAUCUUACAACCUUGGACGGAAGGAGCCUUACCAUUCCAAUAACCAAUGUCAUUCAUCCCAGCUUUGAAAAGGUGGUUCCAAAAGAAGGCAUGCCCAUGCCCAAAGAUCCCUCGCAGAGGGGAAACCUACGAAUCAAGUUCAACAUCAAAUUUCCGACAAGAUUAACGGCUGAGCAGAAAGCCGGCAUCAAGAAACUUUUGGCUUCGUAAAUUGUAUGUUAAUAUGCCUUUUGAGAGAUGGCUGUAAUUUAUACUGCUAGUUUGCGUUGUAUUGCUUUACCAAUACGUUGUUUAAGAAAUAUGAUAAUACCUUGGCUGAUUUUACAAUAUGUCAGUCUAAUUAGUUA